AAAGUGCCAACUUCGACACUCCAUUAUCCGCCAUCUCCUCUCGGCCUCCUCCUCGGCCUCCUCCCUUUCCUUCCAUCGAGUCCGCUCUUUCCGCAGACUCCUUCGUGAUCUUAUCCCCAGCUUGACUGAGGCGCAUAUUCAACCACCCCCCCGUCCCCUCCCAAAGAGAGUCGCACACCUGCUGAGCCAGCCGCUUGCACCUCCCGUAACCAAAAAGUAUCAUCAAACCCCGUCGCUCUCUGCUGGGCUGUCUCCGGCAGAUCCUCUCAUCCUCUCUGGCGACCGCAUCCAACUGCUCUUGAUACAGAUCCCUCGAUUGUUAUGGCAGAGUCGGUUGCCCACGAUGUGGUAAAGGAAGCACAGUCGGUGGGCCCCCACCAUCAGCCCUCCGACGAUCUUGCGAACACCUCCAACGAGCUUUCCGCCGGCAACGGCCAGGCGACGACGAGCACGAUCACGACCAACGCGACUACGACCACCACUACCACGCCAGAAUCCGCCGCCUCUUCCGAGCAUUCACCCAACAACGCCCAUGACAGCAAUCGGGACGCGCACGUGGCCGAAUCAGCAGCCGCAACGGCCGAGGGUGGCAGCGCCGCAGACCAGCCAGCGGCAAAAGGCAGUGCUGAGGCAGAUGGAUCAGACAAGAAGGGCGGCUCCGCAUCCGCGUCAAAUCUUUCCGACGGUGUAGCGCAAGGACUCGCAGACGCGAGCGGAGGCUCCGACACGGACACGAGCAGAGCUGACACGGGCAAGGAAGACGGAAAGGGUCAUUCUCGUACGGGCUCGCUGAAGAAGCCGACAACGUUCAAACCCGUGUCGGUAACCAAGAGCUUCCUGGCGAAGAGCUUGUCCGCAUCCCCGGUGCCCAGAGCAGGUGACAAAGUAGGCCCGUCGAACUCUCCGAGCCCGACCUCUGCCCUGCAGUCGGCCAAGCCACGUCUGGUGGCCAAGUCUGUGCUUGGCGGCAGCACCAGAGGGAUGACAACAUUGAAUGGUACAGCAAGUCCCGAUGCGAGCAAGGUCUGGAAUAAGAACCGACCUGCGGCUCCACCACCGCCACGCCAGUUUACCGACGAGGAGUUGCAGACACGCUAUGGCAUCCACAUGACCGCACGGCUGCAAUCUGACGAGUCUGGAAAGGACUCGAAAUGGGCAGACAUUGACGACGACGAGGAAGAUUGGGCCCCCGAGACGGUGGAAUGGAUGGACGGUACAAAGUCUAGCGUGGGCGCAGAGCCACAGCCACCACCGCCUCCUCCGCGACAGGAAGAUAGAGCGUCCAGUCCAAGCAAAAAGGAGCCGACCGCGGAACCCGUCAAGCCCGUUCUCACAUCCAUGAACAAGUCCGCUGCGACGCAGUCGAACAAGACGAUUCUACGGCCGGGUUCUCAGCUGAACGCGUCACCAAAACCGGGCGCCGCCCAAAAAGCCGGUGCCGACAAGUCUCCAUCCGGCGGGACCAAACCAUCGCAGCCUCCAGCCAAAUCUCCGUGGGCAGUCCUACCGCCCGUCGAGAAGAUUCCCCCAAUCAAUCCUCCCGUACAGCAGACGCAGCGGCCCUUUGCACGCGACUCGCAGGGUUAUGACGCACAUCCGCCGGCUCCGGCGCCGGCUCAAGAGAUCGCAGCCGAUGACUUCAGCAGGAACUACGGCGGCGACCGCGCGCCGAGGGAGCUGUUCAACGCGCAGUCUGGAAGGUACGAGCCGGCCAACGACACGCGUCGAGGCUCUCGGAACGAGCAUGGCCAUCGCCAACCCGCUGUUCUUCAACGUCCUUCGCAAGGCGGGACGCACAUGGGCCCAGCCGAGCCUUCGCCUGCGUUCCAAACGUCCAGGUCCAGCGCGGACAGCGUCGGGCCGUGGUCGCGACGCCGUGCAUCAUCUAGCCUGAGCGCUGGCGGUCGCAGGCCUUCACUAGCGCUUUCGCAAGACCACGCGCAGCAUCCUCAUCCUGAGACUGCUGCUGAAUCCCCAAGAGCCGGGCAUGCCAUUUUGGAUCGACCCGGACUAUGGAGCCGUCCUGGCCAUUCGCACAUGGAACCUCCAGUCGCAGGAUCCGGGCAACCUUCCGAUGGAUCUCAGCAGCCAAUUGAAGAUCCUAUAGCCAAGCAACAGCGUAUGAUGAAAGAAAAGAUAGAGCAGGCUCGAAUCGCGAAGCAGAAGCGGUUGGAGGAAGAGGCGGCCGAAGCGGCCGCUCGUCAAGAGCGGCUCAAAUUAAAGAUGGCCCAACUUGCGUCCGCGAGUCCCUCUCCCGAUGUUCACGAUGGCGCAGCCAAAGGUACCGGCUCGCAGAACGCCGCCGUCCAGCCACCCAAGAGCAACACCGUCUCGCCGCCGAAGCCGCCCGUGCCCACAUCUGAAGGUGAGGUUGCGCAGUACGGCAUGAUGAAGUUGCACCAGCCGCAUCCCGUGAAGAAGAACUUUGUCUCGGAGGCUUCUCUCACGUCCCGGUCCAACCAGGACUCCGGCUCGGACUACAGCCACAGAUUCAGAGGCUCUACGUCACCGAGCAAGACCGUCGCCCGACCGUCUGGAGGCCAGCAACAGCAUCACGCGAACUCUGCAUCCGAAAAGGCACAGCAGCAAAAAGGACUACCCAAUGCGCCGCCCAAUGCCUCUGGAGGUCCUCUCGAAAAGCUUGGCAGCUCGUGGACGUCGUCGCCGUCAUCGAAUGACUACAACUGGGGACCUAAUUCUAUGAGCGCCCGAUCCGCGGUCGGAGGCAGCGUAUGGGGCCCGCUUAGCUUGAGCAGCAACGAGAAGUCGCUGGGCAACGGUACAUUCGAGUCGAAGUUCAGUCAUCCAAAUUUCGUCAACAAUCGCUUCGACAACGGCAGAGCGAGUGGACUCCCGGCGCAAGGGCCUCCAAUGCAUGGGCCCGUGGGCUCCGGCAUCAAAGGUGCUGCGACCCCGCCACAACGGCAAUCUCAGUUCACGCACACGUUUCAAAGCCUGUCUUCAGAGCACUCGGCGAACUCGACGUCUGCCGCUUCUGCAGCUGCGACGAACGAGCAGCAAGAACAGCCGCCAACGUCGCAUUCUCCGUCCGUCGACGACCAGGCCUUCGUCUCUGCACACCUCGACUCGUCACUCCAACAGAGCAUUGCGCAGAGCUCUUCACUGCAUCCUCAGACCACAUCGCAGCCGUCUUACUCUGCAAGCAGCGGUAACAAUAUGUCCGCUCAAGUUGCGCUUCCGCCAACCGCUCCAAUCGGCUCUGGCAAAGCAUCGCUUGGCUCGCAGGACCGCGCGCGUGACUGGCAUCUUGGUGGUGGUCGCGCCACCCAGAAGAGUUGGCAAAGCUUUGGUGCCGAUGAGCAGCGCAAGCGCGAAGCCGAGGUCGCGAAGUACCAGCGGGAAAUGGCCACGUCGAAACCGCAGCCCAAGUCGGGCGGUAUCGUAACCUACGACGUAUACCGCGAGGGUCCGGGAGGCAACACAGUCGAGGUAUUCCACGUCGCUGUCCAGCCAGAUGGUCAGAAGACGACUCGUCGUGGCGGAACAUUUCCGAUGAGUCCAAACAACGCUGCCAAGGUCCGGGAGUCAGAAGCACUGCAUCCAGAGGAUCAUCCGCCAAAGUCGGAGCAGCCUGUCAAUGGCGUGGCCCAAUCAGCCUCUACCACCUCGUCGUCUCGCUUCUUCCCCAAGGGUGCCGCGCCGGUCAUUUCCACUCAGCCGCAAUCAGAGGGCACACCCACGCAGCCUCAGAUUGCCAUCACGCAGGAUGAGACGCCUCCGCCGGCAGAGCAAGACCUUUUCGACCACGAUUCUUCGCAGCCGGUCAAGGUCAAAUUCCCUGUCAUCGCCAAGGUCAACCUUCCUGGUAUGAAGGCCUCGCCGUCGGUUUCUCUUCCGCCUCGGUCUCCCGGUGUCGACAAAUCCUUCUCAGGCCAAGCUCCUGGCACGUCAUCAGGUCCGUCCGGACCGCGCACUCUCCCACACACGAUGCGCGUCGAUGAUCUAAAAGCAAAGUUCGGAAACACGCAGCCUGGUGGCAUCUUCGCCAACACCAAGCCUGCCUUCGAUGUCACUGCUGCAACCACUCGACCCAACGGUGCCCUCCAAAACCAACAGCCGCGCUCCAGUCCGACGUCUGUAACCAAGCACCAACUUUUUGCGGUCAACUAUUCCUCCUCGCCUCAGUCCCAACCCCUAGCCGAGGAUGACUGUUUCGACUUUCCGGACUUUGGCUCCAAGCCCACCGUGCGAGUUCCAAAAGUGCCGCACCAAAAUCACCAGUUCGGUUACCAGCACGAAGGAGCCAUGUCGGCGCCGCUGCCUCGACAUAUGAAAUUUCACGUUCUAGAAACUCAAACUGUGAGCGAAGUGCAGCUUUUCCCCACAGAGAAGGGCGACAAGUUCGGAAGCAAGGUCACGAUCAAGCUGCCAGCCAUGAAGACUGCCAAGUAUGUCGACGUACGCCUUUCUCGCCGCGGCGGUCGCUCCGAUAACACUCCGCGCGAGGGUGGCGCAAGCAGUGGCCGUGGUGGCCGUGGUGGCUCUUCUCGUAGCGGUCCCUCGGAAGGCGGCAGCCGUCGUGGCGCUGGUGGUCACGGCUCAAGGGGCGGCAACAAACACGAGAGUGCCGGCAGAGGUGCAAAGAAAGGCGACGCUACCACCGGUGCUUCAAAUUCGUCCAGUUCGUCGCCCAAGCCUCGCGGUGGUGCGCACUGGGGCUCGAAGAAUGGUCGUGGCGGGGGUACCAGCAACUAAGCUGCAAUUUGACCCAUGCUUCGGCGACCAUCAAGAUGACAUGACUACUUAGACACUCACUACCUGGAUUGCCACUGUCUGAAACUUUAUUCGGCGGAUGCGCCACUCAGUGUCAUCCCCGCAAAUGUUGAUAUUUCCGCGUACCUCGACAUUUCUAUACAGGCAAACACAAUAAAACCCAAUUCGGCUGCUUGCCGACGUGGCGAGAGCCUUGUAUCACCACCACUUUUGUUCGCACACACUCACACGCAUCCACACACAUGUACAGGCGUGUAUUCAAGAGAAAACCGCCAUGGCUGAGCCUGUCUCACAUUGCACGCUAGCUUUGUUCACCACGUUACAUAUGGGAUUGGGGUAUGGGGAUUACAUCGUGAUUGGCUCGCCUGGUCCAGCUCGUCUCUUCUCGACUCCUCUUCCGGAGCGGUUUCAUACGUGUUGCCCCCUCUACGGAUGUAAGCUCAAAUGCGGCUUGUGUGCGCGGGAUUGGGGACUGAAGAGCACGAGAGGAAGUGGCCUCUGCAACAGCAACCACCAAACAUUCGAAUGUCUUUAUGUGUUUGUAGUAUCGGAUAGUCUCACGCGGACACCCGUUUUAAUUAGUGAUUGCGCAUUUUGCGCCUUGAAACGCAGAAGAACGCUUUGCUCUAAGCUCCUUACGUUCGCCAGAUUGCUC